AUGUUGCCAUUCGUUAUCACCAAAUAUUUGAUUGUUUUGACAAUAAUUACAAUAUUAAUAAUUGCUGAAACAGAUGCACAAGUAGGUGUACAAACACGCUUGUCCUUCAACAACAAUUUAGCAGGCGCCAACUCGCUGAACAGGAACGCUAACGCAAUACAGAGAUUCAGUGUUGAAUUACGUGAUGAAAGAGAAGAUCAAACUACUACUCGAGCUCCACAGACCACUUCUAACCCAUUGCUCCAGCUUUUGCAACUCUAUUUUAGAAAUUUAUCUCAAAGGCCAACCUAG